AACGAUUUUCUAGCAUGGGGCAAUGGUCGUCAAGAAUUAUCAGAAUUCAUUAAUUACGGAUUAUUUCCAUUACCACCUAAAGACAAUUUUGAUGAUGUUCAACAACACUUUCGAACGUGGUAUAAUAGGACGCACCCGCAUACUGUGGGAUGUGUUCUGUGUUUGGCCCAAUACCACGAUCACGAUGAUAAUGAUGAUGGCAUUCUCGAACUUACCCCAAGAUUCGAAGAUCGAAUACUGUCAACAUCAUUCGAUAUGAACGACGAUCAUACUGAAUGUACAUGUGAUCAUCGACCAUAUAAAGAUCCAUCACAAGUUUGGUCGUUACAACGAGCCGUAGCCGUU